AGUCUGAUCGGGUUUUUCUCGUUGAAAACACAUUUUUCCGUUACAAAACAAUAUUGUGUGUGUAAAUUAUACAAAAGAUUGGAACUGUGGAAGAAGAAAAAGAAAACUUUUAUCUGAACACUUUUUGCACUAUCAAUAUGUCCAUGAUAAACCGAAUGUUACUCAUCAUCACCGCCUAAAUCUUCUGCAGUUUUUAUUUUUCCACGUUCAGUGCGACCUUAACGAAAUUUAUUUUGUUUAAACGGAUGGCAUAGGGACACUAUACUAUUGGGAUUGUGGCGAUCGAAAAUUGUGCUAUAUAACCAGUUCCAACGGAAUUUUUCUUCUUUUCUUUUUUUUUAUUUCCGAAUAAUGUCAUUACAUUUGGGUUAUACGUGUACUGACUCCGUUCAUAGUUGAUUGUAAAUUGGUGUUUUGUAAAUUGAUGGGUGGUGGAUAAUCUAUUAUUAUUGAAGUGGUUUCAGUGGUAAAUUGCAUUCGAAAAAAGAGUAAUUUGUUACGCGAAUCUUCGAUUUGAAAAAAUAAAAUUGCACGAAAUUACGUUUGUACGUUUCCAUCGUGUCAAUUCCGAUUCAAUUUAAGAGAAUAAGAAACGUAUUGUACAUCAAAUAGUAAAUGUGGUGGAUUUUCUUGAGCAGCAUACAUAAAGGAUAUGUGGGAUAUAUGGACACUUAAUGUGAACUUACGGACCAACAGAGAAUGUCUCCAUAGCAAUGGCCAAAACCGCGCGACGGUCCGUUGCGUCAGUUCCGUUGUCGCCAUUGUCAUCUGAAUACAUUCAGCCAUCAGGUGCACAGUCACCAAUCGAUCCACUAAGACCAUCGGAAUCAAUUUACACAGCAAAUACAUCGCAGAAAUUCAAUACCACGAACAAUUUUACACGGCCAUAUAGCUCAAACGAAUUUCAAAAUGGUACCCAUUCCGGCAAUAGCACCAUAUUUGAUAGCGCUGGUGCUGAACGGGAAAGAAUUAGAAUGGAGUUUUAUGCAACUUACGACGUCAUGACAGGCGUUCGAAUAGCCGCAACAUUGGGCGGAUUUUUUGGAUUGAUGGUCUUUUUAGUUGUUUAUAAAAGUCGGGGAGAAUCGCAGGAAACAAUGAAAGCCUUGAAGGAUCCAAAAAUAGCUGCUGUAGCUGCCGCAGUUAUGCAAGAAGAGGACGAUAGAAAACUACAAGAAGCUAUGGAAGCAACAGGAAUGUCUAUAUAUCCCGAUGAAUAUGAUCAUAUUGGUUUCCGACGGGAACGUCUUAUGUCGAUUGGAAAUGUGAGUGCUCCGUCUGUGCUGAAUCGCGGUUACCGUUUUUCGUCAUUGAGUGGAGGUUACAGUAGUUUGUUGGCGCCACAACGAAGAUUUUCGUAUAGUGGAGGUGGUCGCAGAAGCAACUCCGUGUCAUCUAGAGUACUUAGUGCCUAUCCGAUGGGUGGAAGUUUUGGAAUUGAUGAUUACUUUCUGGAAACAGAUGGGGAUGAAGCUGAUGAUGAGUUCGAUCAAUUGACUACCAGCGUGGACGUUGAAAAGUCACAUUGCUUGUUUGUACCGACAAAGGGUCACGAAUCACGACGAAGUAGUAGUAUAACGUGCUGCAGUUCGGAAAGUUCAUAUUUAGAACGAAGAUAUUCGUCUGUUACAUUGGGUCUUACGCCGUUGCCUCAAAUAUCAUCACGUAAUCCGUCUCGCCGUCAGAGUUCUACAGAUGCAUGGGACUAUUCCUAUCCAGGCAUCCAAAUUAUCACGCCAACGCCGAAAAGUUCACCCUGUCCGAGUGAAAAGGGUGCAAACGAAAAACGGAAAGUCGAUCGACACAAAAGCCUUACGAAACAGGAUUCAUUCGAUCGCAUCUCCGAAUAUCCUGAUGAAAAGUCGGACACAGCCACAUCAACUAACAAUAAACAAUUAGACACUAGCCGAGUAAAUACAUUGAUUCGACGAGCGCCUUUAGCAUCUCUUAGUUCCUUUAAAGUAUCAUCGCUUGACUAUCAAGAUUCAGAUCUACGAAGUUUGGGCUCCGAUUCGGUGUUUGCGGAAAGUUAUGCGGAUACCGACGACGAACUGGAGCAAUUCAGUACGGAUAGUGAUGAAGUGAGUGACAUUCAUAGUCCACCGAAUACACGCGCUGCAAGAAAAUUGUCGAUGGCAACACCGACAAAAAUGUCGACACGGGUCGACGUUGAAUCGGUGCCGUUGAAUUGUGUGGUGAAAGAUGUGAGUGAAUUGCGGAGGAAAAAUGUGUCGAGAUCGAAUUCAGUGCAUUUAGUGAAUACAUUUGAAACAAAAGCAAUCAUCGAAAGACAACAACACAAACAACAGCAACCACACGCAUCCGACGACACAUCCAUUAUGAAAGCAACAACACGGCCAGCCAGUUAUUCCGGUUGUACAACAAGUAGUUUAAAUAAUUCUAACAAAAAUAGCAAUCAAAAUAAAAUUAAUAAAAAUAAAUCUAGUGAAUGCGUUGAUAUUAAUGUUGUUACCGUAGACAAUAGAUCUAUCGUUAGCCCUUCUGUGAUUCUAGAAUUACCUGUGAUAUCGACACAGGAAAUAGAAGAAAAUCCACCAAUUGAUCCAAGUGUACCGGGUCCGUCAAGGAAAUGGUCAAAAGAAACUUUAUUUUAGAUUAUAAAUAAA